ACCGCCCAGUCUGCUCGAGUCCUGUGAUAUUUCUCUUCGUGCAGACGAAAUUGGUCGCAGGAAGUCGUGCGUCUUCAUAACACCAACACACACACACACACACACACACACACACACGCGGCCAAAAAUAAAUAGCGGUGUGGUUUUUGUGAAAUUUUUUUUUAAUCCAUUCUCUGCACAGCGCCUCCAUCUCUUGCAAGGAGCCCCGAUGCACAGGAUUUGGGAGUGCAGGAAGAAGAAGAAGGUGGCUGCUGCGUUGUGGGGUGUGCAUUUUUUGGAGGGGUUAGGGGGAGGCGUUGAGCUCGUGUCUCUUUAAGCGGGAGCGCGCAGGGAGCCGAGCCCGGCUGCUGGAGCCGGCCAUGGGGUUGAGGAUGGAGCUGCCCGGGGCUGCGAGGCUCCUCGCCGUCUCCUUCCACCUCCUCCUGCUGCUCCUGCUCCAGGCGCCCCAGACCUGCUGGGGCAAGUACGUGAAAGGGAACAUCAGCACCAAGGAGGUGAGUGCGCAUCUGGGGAGAUUUGGGGUGGGUGGGGGCGGGAAGAAGGAGGUGCUCUGCCUUUUAUCGGCGCUUGCAGAACCGAGCCGGGCCGCCCCACUCGGGGCCCCACGCGGCGCAGGCCUCCCGGGGCUCCCUUGCGCCCAUCCCCGCUUCCUUCCUCCCCAAAGCCCCUGCGCGCUCGCUUCUGAUGCGCUUGCUGCGGUAGCGCUGGCGGGGCACUGCUGCGCGCUCUCAAAUGUGACCUCUCUCUCCCACCCCCCUUCUGCGAGCACUGGAGCCUUCUACCUUCAAGAAAAAGACCCCCCCAUUCAUUUAGGAAAUUUGCAAUGGCCUUUUUCCCCCUGGGGGAGCCCAAGAGGGAUCAGAUAAUGCCCCCCCAACCCCCCACCCCCAGAAGAUUUAUUUGGAUUCUCCCCCAUGAUGGGCUUUGGACGGGGCGAGAUGGUUGCUAAGGCAGCUCCCUCUUCUGCCUUGACGCCUUGGAGAAGCCGCUGGAUAGGGAGGUUACUCCAGGAUGUAGCUGGAAUUUGGGAUGGUGGGUUAUUUGGGGGGGGGGGGGGACGUUCCAGAUGCCUUCCUUCACACACACACACACCCAUGACAAACCGGGGCUUUGUUCUCUACCAAGAAAGGCCAGCCUGCUUGCUUUUUUUUUUAAGUGUUUGGAUCCAUUUCAUGGUGCUGUAACUUUUGCACCCUGGAGCUUCCUCCGCCAGGCCUGCCUCAUAGGGUGCAGGCUCAAGGCCAUGCAAUAGGUCGCUUGUUGUUUAGCACACGGUCAGCAGCCUUGGCUGUUUGGAGUGGAGCAGAUAGAAGCAAGGUGGGUGGCUGUUUCUAUCGCCCGUUUAAUGCAUACACAGAUGUGGAAUAAAAAAACCAGGAGCAGGCCUGGUGUGUCAAUAACUAGGGGAGCUAGUUAUUCUGGAAGAACUAAUCUGAUAUCAGUGGGGAGGGUCUUGGCUCAGUGGCAGAUCAAUUGCUUUGCAUGUAGAAGGUUCAGUCCUCGACAUUUCCAUCUAGGGAUGGGAACAGCCACUGUCUGAAGCCCUACAGAGCUGCUGCCAGAUCAGUAGCCUUCAACCUUUUCAGACCCAAAACUCACUUUUAACCGAAAUGUGCUUUUGGGGUCCCACUGCUUACUCUUUUACCAGACAUUUGGUGGGGGUGGGAUUAGGGGAGGGGUAGUACCCCUGGUAGGGACAUGGGUGGCGCUGUGGGUUAAACCACAGAGCCUAGGACUUGCUGAUCAGAAGGUCAGCAGUUCGAAUCCCCGCCACGGGGUGAGCUCCCGUUGCUCGGUCCCUGCUCCUGCCAACCUAGCAGUUCGAAAGCACGUCAAAGUGCAAGUAGAUAAAUAGGUACCGCUCCAGUGGGAAGGUAAACGGCGUUUCUGUGCGCUGCUCUGGUUCGCCAGAAGCAGCUUAGUCAUGCUGGCCACAUGACCCAGAAGCUGUACACUGGCUCCCUCGGCCAGUAAAGCGAGAUGAGCGCCGCAACCCCAGAGCUGGCCACGACUGGACCUAAUGGUCAGGGGUCCCUUUACCUUUACCUUUAGUACCCCUGGUAGGGGACACUUCAUGCUCCUUCUGGGAUACUUUGUCCACCUUUGGUCCUCACCCUGCAAUGGACUCUUACCUGUGGCUCCUGGAAGCUGUCAGCAUGUGAUAGCGGCUACACCCCAGGAACAGCUUCGACUGGCUGGCUAAACCAGGUGAGGGUAGCUGAUGGGUCUCAAACCUUCAGUGAGUUAGGGACUUGCCCUGCAGGAGAAGACAGGUUCUGUUGGAUUGAGUGGAGGAAGCCAAAACAGGUCCAGCGGUCAAGAAAGCAGUUUCUUCAUAUGCUAUAGAGGGAAGUGAGGGGCAAAUGGAGAAGGAAAACUCAGAUCUUAAACCUCUGUUGGCUUGUGGGAUAUCUUCGGGAGAAGAAAAAGCUAAGGAGUAAACCCUACUCAUACAUUUGUAUGGUGGAAGUGCUCCUGUUGCAAUUCACCUUGGAUCAGGCCAUGACCCAUGAAUGUGUCCCAAACCACUAGUUGAAGACCAGUGAGCUAGAUGGACCAGUGCCCUGGCUCACUAUAGAGUGGCUUCCUAAGCUUUUUCUGUUUUGCCUCUUUGCUGUGUGGGAGAGCAUGACUAUGGGUCCUUCCAGGCUGUCACUGUUUUGGGGUGGGAUUCACAUCUCAUACCAACAAAUUCACACUGCAAAAUUGUAGUUGAUAGGGAGGUCUUGCGCAACAAAAACCUCAUUUCCCAACAGAUCUGUUGUUGUGGUUUUUUUGGUUUUGCAGUAAGGAAAGUGAAAGGAGAAUGCCCUGGAAAGUGUGGGAUAACACUUGCUUUGAUGCAACAUCGUCUAACCUCCCAGCAAACACAUAACAAUGAAUACUCAUGGAAUAGCCAAAAUCCUCUAAUCUCCUUGCAAACAAAUCAGGCUAAAUGUGAAAUAAGCAGGUUGUCUGUAAGUGCCUUAUGCCACUGAAACAACUUUUAGAGGGGUAGCUGUGGAGUCAUCUAGACUUCCCUUCGCAUUGCUCUUUCUAGGCACAGGUCUGGACUUUAAAGCUCUCUGCCUGAGUGUCCCUCUAUUUGAUUUUUUGUCGCUGAAGUAUGCUACAGGAUCCUGCCCUUGCUGGAAACCCUCAGAGAUGAGGCAGAUUGCUCACUUCUUCUGCCCUUUGGCGGGUGACUGUGCCCUUGGGGUGGCGACGAGAUCGCACUGGCCUAUCUAUUUUAAAUGUAUUCUGAAUGUUCUUAUGUGAUGCCAAUAAAGGUUACUUGACUUUCUGCAGGAAACCCCGUGGUUUACCAUUGAAUCGGAGCAAACGGAAACCCACAGAAAACCCAGUUGCCAUUUGCUCUGAUUUGGCGGUAAACACCCUGAGGAAAGCGCUGUGACAAAAAAUUAAAAUAGACUUUCAGACAUGGAGCUUUAAAGCUCGGACCUGUGACACCAAAGGAAGUCUGGAGGAUGAGCCCUUGGUCUCUUGCACACACAAAAAACCCAACAAAGAGUCUCAUGUCACCUUAAAAGACUAGCAUACUAACAUGAUCCAGAGUCUGCAAUAUCGGACGCAGAAAGCGUUAUCUUAAGUUGGUGGGUUUGUGUGUAUAAUAUACUUUCCAUGUAGUAUACACACACAGGAAGAAGGGAAAUGGGACUGAAUCAUCUUCUGUGACAGUAUUGUAUAAAACCAAGAUCUCACCCUAACACAUCACUGUGGCUCAAUGGUAGAGCAUGCAGGAGGUCUCUGUUUCAUCCCUGGCAUCUCCAGGUAUGGCUGGUAGGGUCCCAUUCCAAAUCCUGGAGAGCAGCUGCCAGUCAGUGUAGACAGUACUAAGCCAGAUGGACUAUUUGGUCUGAUUCAGUAUUAGGCAGUUCCCUAGGGCUGCCGUCCGUCCUGAUUUCCCAGGACAUGUCCUGCAAUCCGCCUCUGAAAAUGGUGUCCUGGAUUACUUUUUGGGAAUCGGGCAAAUGUUCUGGAAAACCAGCAACAGGUUAAAUCGUGCCGAAAAUGCCUUAAAAAGCUCCAAAACGUUAAAAAAAAAAAAAAGUUUUUACUGCAACUUUUGGGUUUUUCUGUAAAAAGCUCAACAAUUUGGGGAGUUUCCUUAAAAAACAACAACAACAACUUUCAGGGUGUCCUGGUUUUUACUUUUUGAAAUAUGGCAACCCUACAGUUCCCUAUGUUACAAACCACAAUAAAUAUUCUUUCUAUGUAUUUACAGUCAGCAAUGCAGCAUAACUGCUGUUGUAAACGAUCGCUUUACUUGCUCUAUAGCUAUAUACAACAUUGCCACAGACUAUAUAUACUUUUUGCGCUUCGUUGUCGUUUGGCCUCAUUUUACUCCCUCUGCCCUUCCAAUCUCUCUAUAUACUGCAUGCUAGCUCAAUAAACCUUACUACGCAAUAAAUUUGCCUGCAUUGGAGGUACCACCACAUAUUUUUUCUUAGGCCAUAGAAAGGGUAGGUGGGUGGACUAGGGGCGGUUAGCAUUGGGAUCGCGGUAUCUCCUUUGCGACUGGAGGGUCUGGGAGCAGGGAAUGAGCCAGGGAUUUAGGGUGCAAUCGCCAAAUACCCUGGGUUAUUUGAUCCAAAGCACAUAUUUGAGUUUUUAAUGUCAACUAAUUGACCCACUUUAGCCCAUCUGCUAAUAAAUUGGGUAAAGGACAGUUAAAUCCUGUAAUUGGAUAUUUUGCAGUAGAAUGAAGAUUCUAAUCCACUUUACAUGUGAUGGUCACACUGUACAUUUAAAGCAUAUUUAAAGUGCAUGGUGCUGUCCCCACAAAGAAUUCCGGGAACUGUAGUUUGCCCCUCACAGAGCCACACUUUGUUGCUGUUGUUUAGUCAUGUCCGACUAUUUGUGACCCCCUGGACCAGAGCACGCCAGGCACUCCUGUCUUCCACUGCCUCCUGCAGUUCGGUCAAGCUCAUGUUGAUAGCUUCGAGAACACUGUCCCACCAUCUCAUCCUCUGUCGUCCCCUUCUCCUUGUGCCCUCAAUCUUUCCCAACAUCAGGGUCUUUUCCAGGGAGUCUUCUCUUCUCAUGAGGUGGCCAAAGUAUUGGAGCCUCAGCUUCAGGAUCUGUCCUUCCAGUGAGUACUCAGGGCUGAUUUCCUUCAGAAUGGAUAGCAAACUGCAAUUCUUUGGAUGAAGGCCUUGUGCUUUAAAUGUAUGCGAAAGCGCAGAAUGAGGGACAGUAUUUAUUCCAGGUUAAUUCAUCUGAUGUUAAAGCACAGAAAUAUAAGGGCAUAAGAGUUGUGUUGCAUCAGACUAAGGGCCUAACACAUCUUUCCACAGGUGUGACAUGAACACAAUAACCCUGCCCAGUUGCUGUUUUCUGAUACUAGAGAUAACAUAUGGCCAUUGUGACUCGUCGUAGCCAAUGAUGGCAGGAAUUUUCUAUUUUUGUGUGUUUGGCCACCAGAAUAACCAGCACCUCUUUUUUUAUAUAUACAACCACUAUUAACACAUUACAACAAUCGCUUUGUGCGGAGCCACCCCCAAAGAAUCCUGGGUACUGUAGUUUGAAAAUGUGCUGGGAGUUGUAGCUCUGUGAGGAGAGAAACUAUGCUUCCCAAGGUUCUUUGGGGGGACAACUUGGGUUUCAAAUGUGUGCUGAAUAUGCUUUAAAUCAGGUAUAGGCAAACUCAGCCCUCCUGAUGUUUUGGGACUACAACUCCCAUCAAAUCUAGCUAACAGGACCAGUGGUCAGGGAUGAUGGGAAUUGUAGUCUCAAAACAUCUGGAGGGCCGAGUUUGUCUAUGCCUGAUUUAAAUCUAUGGGGUGGAUGUGUCUUCCAUAAAUGAAAUAUGCUUUAAAAACGAGGAUUAGCUCAGUCGGCAGAGAGUAAGACUCUUACAGUGUGAUUCUAUGAAUCUGUCCUCUUCCCUAGCCCACACCUAACAGACCACUCUGAAGUUGCAUGUACAAGAGGUUGGUUAGGUAAAGGCAAAGGGACCCCUGACCAUUAGGUCCAGUUGUGACCGACUCUGGAGUUGCGGUGCUCAUCUCGCUUUAUUGGCCAAGGGAGCCGGCGUACAGCUUCCGGGUCAUGUGGCCAGCAUGACUAAGCCGCUUCUGGCGAACCAGAGCAGCACAUGGAAACGCCGUUUACCUUCCCACUGGAGCGGUACCUAUUUAUCUACUUGCCCUUUGACGUGCUUUCGAACUGCUAGGUUGGCAGGAGCAGGGACCGAGCAACGGGAGCUCACCCUGUUGUAGGGAUUUGAACCACCGACCUUCUGAUCGGCAAGCCCUAGGCUCUGUGGUUUGACCCACGGCGCCACCCGUGUCCCAUGAGGUUGGUUAACCUAGGUUAAAAAAUACCAGUCCCAAGGGGCACUGGUCACCACUGGUAACCACUACACCCUUGCAGGGGGGGGGGCUGCUGUCACCCCCCAGAGUCUCCUUAAUUGCCUGAUGCGACUACUCAGAGUCGGCCAGCCAGUUCUCUGCUUGCGUUUGGCAUCCCUCUGGGUGUUUGGGAAGAUUGGGUCCUGAGGCAGAGGGCAAGGGUAUAACAUGGGCCAUGGGGACAUCAGUUAAGAUGGAGAUGCAGUCACUAAUGCCCUCCAAAUCCUGGAGCUGGCAUUGCAGAAGGGAUCUGCCAGAGGCUGGGGCAGGGAGAAGGAAAACUGACCACUUGACCACACACAGAGGACAAAAGGGCUCUAGGUUUGGGGCGCAGAAAUGGGAGCCCUGGAGAAGAGAGAGCUUCAGAAAAGGAUUUGAAACAUGGGAAUUGUCCUGGAUAUGGGUGUUGGACCACAUUUGCACCAUACAGUGGUACCUCGGGUUAAGUACUUAAUUCGUUCUGGAGGUCUGUUCUUAACCUGAAACUGUUCUUAACCUGAGGCACCACUUUAGCUAAUGGGGCCUCCUGCUGCCGCCGCGCCACCGAAGCACGAUUUCUGUUCUCACCCUGAAGCAAAGUUCUUAACCCGAGGUAAUAUUUCUGGGUUAGCGGAGUAUGUAACCUGAAGCGUAUGUAACCCGAGGCACCACUGUAUAUUUAAAGUGCUACAAUGCCACGUCAAACAGUGAUGGCUUCCCCCCCAAAGACUUCUGGGAGCUGCAGUUGUUAGGAGACACCCCUCUGGGAGCUACAAUUCCCACUGUGGUUUAACAAUCAAUCCUCCUCCAUCGGGAACUCUGGGAAUUGUAGCUCUCUGAGGGGAGUAGUGGUCUCCGGAUGACUCUCAGCGCCUUUAACAAACUACAGCUCCCAGAAUUCUUUGGGGGGAAAGCCAUGGCUGUUUAAAGUGGUACCGUAGUGCAGACCGUUGACCCAUUUAGCUCGGUACCGCCUGCUGAUAAACAGCAGCAGGUUUUCAGAAAGGGGGGCAUUCCCUACCUGGAGAAGCCAGGAUUCGAACCUGGAACCUUCUGCCUGAAAAGCAGGUGCUUCACCUGAGCUUUGCCCCUUCUCACAACUUUAACACAGCGCCUGUUCAUUGCUGCUUGUUUGCAGGAUGCAGCCGCUGAGGCAGCAGGCCUCACCAAAAAACAGUAUUUUUUGAGGCAAUGCACCCCCAGGGGUUUAUUUGGGGGGUGUUUCGAAGAGACCCGCGGCAGGCAGAUAAAGCUCAGGAGGCUGCUUGAAAUCCAGGGAUGGGUGUGUGCAAUCUGACCCCCCCUCUUUUUUGGGAUCCUUCCCCCUGCCUUUGCCCCAGUUCUCGGAUUUUGCUUGUUUCCUCUGCCUUCUUCAGCCUCGGGUACGGUUUCCGUGGAAACCUUGAGCAUGGGUUGUUGCCAUGGGAACGCGAAGGGGAUUUUAAGGGGAAGGAGGUAGGCCCAAGAGUCGGACAGAGGAGAAAGAGGGAGGAGGAAAGAGGCUUGUUUCCUUAGAUAUCCAUUUCCCCAGGGAGAUUUUAUAUACCUCCACCUGAUAUUAUAUACAUACAUUUCUAGACCUGGCAGAUACGGUCUAGCUUACAAUAUCCUUCCCUGCCUGUUCUCCAAAUCCUUUGAUCUGCCUCUCUUGCCUUCUCCCCUGACCCAAAUUAUUUCAGCCCCUCCUCUUGAGACUUUUGUCUGUCUCAGCUGUGUCUAUCAGUGGCUGUCGUCUAGUGGCAGCGGGGAUGGCAUUGACCCAGGAAACUGCGGUGGUACGGUGACUUGACACCGUCUGUGGUGUCAGGUGCCUGAGAAACAACCGCACGGUAUUUCGCUGCGCUGUUUCGGCCGUGUAGAGGGAAGGGGAAAGGAGGUGGAUGCAAUUCCUGGAAGAACGGGGGUUCCCAAUGGUCGGAUCGCGGACACAAACCCCUUCCGUAUUGGCAUUGAACUGGAAUAAACGGGGUUAUUCCUGCCGCACUCAACGUCGUGCAUUUAAAGUGCUAUGAUGACACUUUAAACAGCCGUGGCUACGCCUGCAAAGAAUUACAGGACUUGUCAUCUGUUAAAAGUGCCGAGCGUUCCCCUUGUUCCCGUCACAGAGCUACAAUUUCCAGAGUGGUUUAACAAUCAAAUCCCUCUGGGAACUGUAGCUCUGUGAGGGGAAUAGAGGCCUCCAAGCAACUCUCUGCACCCUUAGCAAACUACAGCUCCCAGAAUUCUUUGGGGGAAGAAGCCACGACUGUUCAAAGCAGUUUCAUAGGGUGGCCUGAAUGUGGCUUCUGUGGCAUUUGCAAUCAGCAAGGCAGAUUAGCGUUUGUGCCAGAAGGGAACUGAGAGAAUGCUGUCAAGGGGGAAAGGAUCUGACCUUUUUUUAGUACCCUUUGCUCCAUUUGAUUAGUGUGAACUGUCACGUAGCUGCCUUUUAGAGGAUGCUCUGGGCAAUGGGAGCUUACGGUUUAUGACCCAGGUAUCUAAUUUGCUGUGGCUCUUUGUUACUCCGUAAGGAAGGUCACUUCUGACUUUGAAGUUUUUGCCCUGAAGUCAAUAAAGAGCUCGGCUCAGAAAGUAUCCAUGGAAGCUGACCAACAGGACAUCAGAUCACCAACCUCAGUCUGCCUUCAGGCAUCUCCUACCUGUCUAACUUCCUACUUGCAAGUAGUCAGGCGCCCCCUAAUGUUGACCUCCCUGCCCUCCACCCUAUGAACACCAAUGGGCACCAGCCACCACUAAAUAAUAAUAAUAAUAAUAAUAAUAAUAAUAAUAAAUUUUAUUUAUACCUCGCCCUCCCCAGCCAGGGUUGGGCUCAGGGCGGCUAACAACCAAUAAUAAAAACAAGUUGAUUGGAAUACAACUUAAAAAACAAGGUUAAAUACAACAUUAAAACAUUAAAUAAUUAAAAUGCAGCCUCAUCACAGGAGGAGAAAGGAAAAAAGAAAGAGGGGGAGGGAAUCAAAUUGACUCCAAGCCAAAGGCCAGGCGGAACAACUCUGUCUUACAGGCACUGUGGAAAGAAAUCAGAUCCCGCAGGGCCCUGGUCUCAUGAGACAAAGUGUUCCACCAGGCCGGAGCCAGUGUGGAGAAGGCCCUGGCUCUGGUUGAGGCUAAUCUAACUUCCUUAGGGCCUGGGACCUCUAGGGUGUUGCUAUUUAUGGACCUUAAGGUCCUCUGUGGGGCAUAUCGGGAGAGGCGGUCCCAUAGGUACGAGGGUCCUAGGCCACAGGUCAUGUGCGAAUAGGAGACAUGGGAAUGGGGGCGAAAAUGAAUAAUAAAAUAAUAGAACUGUAUAGCUGGAAGGGAUCCUGAGGGUCAUCUCGUCCAGCCCCCUGUAAUGCAGAAAUCUUGCCCACAGCCAUCCCUGGGUGGGCUCGAACCGCCAACCUUCUGGUUAGCAGCCAGACGCACUGACCCAUUACACCACUAAGCAGGGGCAUGAAAGUGUUUGCAGAAUAGGAAGAGAUGGUGGCUCCAAGGUUUUUGCGGAAGGUGAAAAAGGUGAUUUCAUAGUUGCCAUGUUUGGGAGGGGUGAGUUGUAGGAGGUUAUCAUUUGGGGGGGUUGUGUGCAAGGGGAGGGGGUAAUCAUCAUCAUCAUCAUCAUUUAUUUGUACAACGCCCAUACGUCUGGGUUUCCCCUGCCACUCUGGACAAAUAAAAACAGAAUAAAACAUCAUACAUUAAAAACUUCCCUAAACAUGGUCUCGGCGGUCACUCCCAGUCACCAGUCUAGCUGCCGCAUUCUGGAUUAGUUGUACAUAAAGGAGGGGGAGGCAUGGACGUGGUGGUGAAAGUGAGAACAAGGGUGCAAAGUGGGGCCGCAGAAUAGAAAAGUGGCUUCAGGACUGGGAUUGGGAAGGUGAAAAGAGCUUAGGAGUUGCACAAGGUGGAAGCUCUAGGGGGUUAAUGGUGCAAUGGUCAGGUUUGGGUGACUGGAGCCCUGUUUGUGUUUGCGUGUGUAUUCCCAUCACUCUUCUCAUUCUCUCUGGUGGUUAGGAUUUUAAGCAGAGGUUGGACGGCCAUCUGCCAUGGAUGCUUUAGCUGAGAUUCCUGCAUUGCAGCGGCUUGGACAUAGAUGGCCCUCGGGUUCCCUUCUAACUCUACCAUUCUAGGAAUCUAUAAGCAGAGUCUGUGUUUCAUAACCUGUAAGAAAAGGCUGCAGGGAGGUCGACCAUAGCUUCAGUAUUUAAAUCGGGGUGGGGAACCUGCAGUCCUGAGUCUGAUUUUGUGUGAUCCAAAACAUCAACUGGCUCUCUGGACAUUGUAGGGCCAUUCUCCUCCUCCAGACCACCGCCUCUGAGAAUCUCUUCCUCUUUGGCACUGUGUUUGUGCGUGAGAGAGAGAGAAAUAGACAGAAUAGACCCAAAGAACUAUGCAAUCCUGCAAACUCCACCCUCUUUUGGCUCUGGUCCCACCUACCACCAGAUCCAGCCCCCUGUCUCCGCCUACUUGUGGUUACACCCCCAAUAGACUUUUUCUGUGUGUCAAUGGCCCUCCAUCGGAAAAUGUUCUCAAGUUUUGCGUAAAAACCUUUGAGUCGAGUGACUCACUUCCCGGGAAACCAUGACAACGCUGUUAACAAAUGUGGAGUGGCACAUAAUCUGCAUUGAGAGUGCAUCUUGAGACUCAAGUAGCCAACACUUUUGGAUCCUGUUCCCAGAUCUGGAAGAGGUCCAAUGGUUGGAGAGGUCGGGCCUUUGAAUAUGCACUGUAAGGGAGCAUAUCUGCUUCGUAGAUGAAAAGGAAAGUUGGUUCUAGGAGUCUGUACACAUCUCUGCCAAGACCAUACCUAUACUAAAAACCUACAAAAAUUCUGUGCUAAGACUGGUAAACAGGAGAUCAACACCUAUAGGUUCCCCCAAAGAAUCAAAGUAUUAUAUUAGCUGAGGAAACCAAGCCUUAUGAGGAAUGGUUGAAGGAGUUGGGUAAAGAGGAGACUGAGAGGAGAUAUGAUAGCCAUGGAAGAUGGAGCAAGCUUGUUUUCUCCUGCUCUGGAGGGUAGGACCCAAACCAAUGGCUUCAAGUUAAAAGAAAGGAGAUUCUGACUAAACAUCAGGAAGAACUUUCUGACGGUAAGAGCUGUUUGACAGUGGAACAGUCCCCCACAGGAGGUUGUGGACUCUCCUUCCUUGGAGGUUUUCAAGCAAAGGUUGGAUGGCCAUCUGUCAUGGAUGCUUUAGCUGAGAUUUCUGCACAUUGCAAGGGGUUGAACUAGAUGAUUCUUGGGGUGCCUUCAAACUCUACAAUUCUAUGAUAUUGAGAAUUCUUUACAAGAAAUCCCAUGUCAACCCCACUUCUGCCACCCAGAACCUGCGGUCUGGGGUCACAGGACCCAUUAAUGUUUGUGCAGCAAGAUCCUGGUCUCCUAAAAUGGAGCCCAAAUGGUGAAAUAGCCCCCUGUUCUUGAUUAAAAAAAGAUUCUGCUGCUUUCAGAACCAAUUCCUGAAGCAGGCCACUUCACCAGGCCGCUGUCCUGCGGCCCCCUUCAUUUAGGGGUCUACACACCUAGCAACAAGCCGUUGGUACAGAGUGGCCUGCCCUCUCUAGCUGGUGCACUGCGCUCUAUUAAAUUAAUGACUAUGACGUUAACCGCCUAAUAGAUUUCAUUUUAUGGGGAUUGUUUGGGAUGUUAUUUAUCCUUCCUACAGCCAAGCCGUAAAAUUUUUUAUGGUAACUGGUUGGAGCCGUGUUUGGGCUGCUGACACUUGAAUAAUUUCCGGGCUGGGUUGGGCUUACGCUAAUCUCUCCUGAAAUAUAAUGUUCUAAUCGUAUUUGGAUGCUUUCCACAGCGCGCUUCCAUUGGGUUGGGUUUGCAAAGGGCAGGGAGAAGACCCUCAUGCAAGAAGACCCUAAAGAUUUCAAGAGGAACAUGGAAGCUGCUGUAUACAAUUUCAGACCAUCAUACUCACCAACUGUCCCAGAAAACCCAGACAUCCCAUUUCACCCUGUGAGAGUACAGUGGCCAUUUUGGGCGCCUUGCUCUUGUGUGAUUUCUGGCGAAGAUCUCGCUCCGAAAAAAAGUGUUUUUUCCCCCUGAGUAUGCAAUCUUGUGUGGUUUCACGUGACGUGUGGGAUUUGGGACCCAGAAGCUGGUGUCCUGGGUUUGGAUUUAGGAGUCUUCUAAAAACUGUUUUAUUCUGGCAGGACUUUCAAAUGUGAGAUUCUUUGCCAAGCAGCUCUUACUGAUGGGUUUAAUAAUAAUAAUAAUAAUAAUAAUAAUAUAUUUUAUUUAUACCCCGCCCUCCCCAACCAAGACUGGACUCAGGGCGGCUAACACCAGGUAAAAACAAUUGAUUAAAAUACAACUUAAAAACAAGAUUAAGUACAACAUUAAAAUGCAGCCUCAUUUCAGUAGAAACUCAAAUCAAAAACUUUUUUUGGAUGUGUUCAUGGUGAUAUUGUAUGUUUAGUCUGUAUACCGCCUUGGGAUAUAUUAUAUAUGAAAGUGAGGUUCAUAAAUAUAUUAAACAAACAAACAAAAUGGCGGAGCUUGUAUGAUAAGAAAUAACACAUACACAUACUCCUUCUUCCCAGGACUGGGUCUUCUUGACUCGAUUCUGCUUCCUUUCUGACUAUGGGCGCCUGGACUUCAGGUUCCGCUACCCAGAGGUAAUAUUUUUAUCUUUCAAUCACAUUCCUUUUUUUUUGUUUUUUAGCCACCUCUUACCACCUCAAAAAAUUUGGUGCCUGCAUAAAACUUUUUAAGGCAAGCCUCCCCAACUUCAUAUAUAUUGACAUGCUCUAAUCUUUUUUGUUUGCUACUUGAUUUUUCAAAUUAUUUUUAAUGACAUUGAACUGCUUUUAUUGACAUAUUUUGUCAAAUAAGCAAAAUAAAUAAAAAGCCUAACCUUAUUCAUAUAUGGCGGGAAACAGCCCUCCUGGUGUGGAUGGACUCCAAGUCCCAUCAUCCCACAGCCAGCAUGGCCUAUGCGCAGGGUGAUGGGAUGUGGAGUCUGGCCACAUCUGAAGGACCACAGGUCCACCAUCCCUGUCGUUGUACACAAUGUGUUUGUUGUGUUGGGCCUAUGUUGCUAUUGCUAUCCUUACAGCCGUCCUUCUGCUUUCCUUUAAAGGCCAAAUGCUGCGAGAAUAUCCUUCUUUAUUUUGAUGAUCCUUCCCAGUGGCCCGCCGUCUACAAGAAGGGAAACAAGGUCAGUUUGGAUGGGUCAUUCAGCUGCAGUUAGACUUCCCUUCAAGAGGUGAAUAUGUCCCAGUGGGUUAGCUUCUCCUCUGCAGGUUAUGCACAGUCGCCACCGAGGCAGAAGGAGAGAAAUUCGAUUUAGGCCUCUUUGGAAGCCAAAUCUUAUCAAAGCCACGCUUUUCAAAGCUAUAUGUGAACCAAAAACACAUCUGUCCUUGGAAAUUUGCACUUACCAAAAUUUUGCCUAGCAACGUUUACAAAGAAUGCAUCUAUGAGGGGAAAGUUUGCAUAAGGAUGGAUGUAUUCGUGGAAAAAAACAAAACAAGAAGACAUUGUAUACGGGGAAAUUGCUUGCAGAAAAGUGUCCAUUAGCUAAAACUGCAUUUAAAAAAAUGUGUUUAUUAGGAGAAAUCAGUAGUGAAAUGCUGGUGAACCAAUGUCCUUAGUGAUGUUGAACUCCUACUUCCAUCACCCCAGCCAGCAUAGUCAGUUUUUGGGGGUGAUGGGAGUUGUAGUACCGCAAUAGACUAGGACUUGUUUUACACCUGUUACGCUGUCAUAGCUUCUCCCAGAGGAUCGGGGGAACUGUCCUUUGGUGACUGGACUGAGAAUUGUCGGCUAGAGUUCCCCUGUUGCUGCCCCUCACAGAUCAGCAGUUCCAGGUGUCACGAGUCUUGUGGAGAUGUUGUGGGGAGGGUUUUUGGAGGAUGAGGAGGAAUGGAAGGAGCUUUUGAGAACUGGAAGGUCCUAGCGGGGUUAGGAGAUGAGAACUUGAGACCCCGAGUAGAGUCUGACCUGGGUGAGGGUCCCAGUGAAUUCCACUCAUUCUUCUCUGACCAAUAAUGAACUUAGGGGGUGGAAGGGCACUGUGAUGGCUAUUAAACCCAGUUUAAGUUCAUUGUGCAUAAAUAUUCCUAUUUGGAUCUCAGCUCACGUGCGAUAUUGCUUCAAACCUAUCCACAUUAGUUGAGAGGAAGUCCCGUUUACGUCAGUAAGGCUUGCUUGCUUCUGAAUAAGAAUUGGAUUGUGUGUUGGCUUAGGGAAGCUGCUAUUUCUCAACAUGGCACCUCCCUGCCCCCCCCAUCCGCCUCUGCAGUAUUGUGGCCUAAAGUGCCCCUGACAUUAGGAAAAAAUUGCAAAAGCAUAUAAUGGUCAUAUAGGGACGCGGGUGGCGCUGUGGGUAAAACCUCAGUGCCUAGGACUUGCUGAUCGUAUGGUCGGCGGCUCGAAUCCCUGCGGCAGGGUGAGCGUCCGUCUUUCGGUCCCAGCGCCUGCCAACCUAGCAGUUUGAAAGCACGUCAAAGUGCAAGUAGAUAAAUAGGUACUGCUUUAUAGCGGGAAGGUAAACGGCGUUUCCGUGUGCUGCGCUGGCUCGCCAGAGCAGCUUCGUCACGCUGGCCACGUGACCCGGAAGUGUCUUCGGACAGUGCUGGCUCCCGGCCUCUUAAGUGAGAUGAGCGCACAACCCUAGAGUUGGACACGACUGGCCCGUACGGGCAGGGGUAACUUUACCUUUAUAAUGGCCAUAUAUCGAGCCUUACCCCCUGUCCCAGAAGAAGAACAUGAUUAUGCCAGAUUAGUUCAUGAGACUCCCCCUGAGGAGAUUCCCCUGGAAGAGACCGUUGUCUAUACUGGAGUUCAACAUGAGGGUCAAGCCGAAGAAACAAAUGUUUGAAUUGUUUCUAAGCUUGAAAGGGGGGAAUGUGGCAAGGCCACCUGAGAAAGGUAUACGGGUACACCAUUAUGCCUUAUGAGUUCUUUUCAUAGUGCCUAAUUACUAAGGCUAGGUAAAGGUAAAGGGACCCCUGACCAUUAGGUCCAGUCGUGGUCGACUCUGGGGUUGCGGCGCUCAUCUUGCUUUAUUGGCCGAGGGAGCCGGCGUAUAGCUUCCAGGUCAUGUGGCCAGCAUGACUAAGCCGCUUCUGGUGAACCAGAGCAGCACACGGAAAUACCGUUUACCUUCUCGCUGGAGUAGUACCUAUUUAUCUACUUGCACUUUGACGUGCUUUCGAACUGCUAGGUUGGCAGGAGCAGGGACCGAGCAAUGGGAGCUCACCCUGACGCGGGGAUUCAAACUGCCGACCUUCUGAUAGGCAAGUCCUAGGCUCUGUAGUUUAACCCACAGUACCACCCGCGUCCCGAAUUACUAAGGCUAAAAGUGCCUAAAUUCUAAAAAUCAAAUACUGUCUCUCUUUCUCUCUUCCUUGCUGCUAUGUUUGCAGACAACAGAAAUAGCUGCGCUCGCAAUCUGUAAGGAACAUAUUCCUCCUGCUCAUAGUCACCCUAACCUGAUGAAGCAGGUUAUCUGAGGUUAGGUAUUUUCCACACUGUGCAGAUGGCCAAUAGUAUAGGGAUAAGAAUGAUGACCUACUUUGCAGGGUUGUUGUACAGAUUACCCAGGUAAUUUAUGUAAAGCGAUUUGAGCUCUCAGAAAGCUCUGCAUGAAAAAAGCGCAAAGUAUUCUGGUACGCAGGUUGGUGGAAUGACAGAAUAAUCCUCUAUUUUCUAUAGCCAGCAGUUUCUUCUGCUCAGCAGUCCCAUAGUAACAGAAGCUGCUUUUCAGUCGGAACAGGUCAAGAAUUUUGAGGUUUCUCUUCCAAGGCGGUUUAAGUCAGAACGGGACAGGGGUGAGCCCUUGCAAUUUCUUCAGCGCAGAGGGAAGCUGGAGAGGGGGAACCAUUAUUAGGUGCUACGAAGCUGCAGCACAUUUGCAUAUUUCAGCUGUACAUAAUUGACAUAAUUUCCAUGAUGACAGUGGGUGUCAGGGAGCAGCUGGGUGCCUUUCUUGUGCGAUGUAAUUUGCGCGCUUUCUGGUGUGAGAUUAGAUGUGGCAGUUUCCGGAGAUAUGAGCAUCGGCUAUCAGCAGAGGCUCGUUAAGGCUUGGCGAUGAGAAGUGUUUGCUCACAAAACCUUCCUGCUGCCAGAGGAGCCACGCUAAGGCCUGGUUCUGCACGUGUGCAAGGAAAGACACUGGGAGGAGGUGGGGUUGGGUGGUUGCUAGGGGAGACAACAGAUUGCUCCCCAGUCCUCUUCUGUCACUCUCUUCUUCUUUGGCAAUCCCUCGUAGCUGAGUAUGAUUGUCUUCCAUAAACACGGUUUUAACAAUGAGUCCGUAAGUGACUGUGGAGGCCAAUUCUGGAACCACACGCCCUUCCACAGUGGGAACAUUGGUUUCCAGGUGGGAGUUGAUAAUGGUGUGGAAUUGCCAAGUGUGCCUUCCUCUUAGCACGUUUCUGCCUUGCGUCCUGUGUUCGAGUGUCUUCAAAGCCCAUGACGCCUUUGGUCAAGGCUGUUCUCCAACUGGAGCGCUCGCAGGCCAGUGUUUCCCAGUUGUCGGUGUUUAUACUACUUUGUUUUAGAUUUGCCUUGAGACACUCUUUAAACCUCUUUUGUUGACCACCAGCAUUACGCUUUCCAUUUUUAAGUUCGGAAUAGAGUAGUUGCUUUAUUGUGUGUUCCUAUCCCAUUUUCUGAGCGAUGACGGCCGACAGGGAUUCCUGUGCUGACCCAGGUUUCCUUUCCUUAGAAGGUUAGUGGAGAUGCUGCUGUCUUUAGGACAUGAGGUUUUAUUUACACAUAUGGGCACAGGAUGGAGGGGCUCACGGUAUCAACACUCCCCCAGAACUUGCUUCUCCAUUAGAUUUCCAGAGAAGCCCCAAAGUCCAGCUGAGGCUCAGCACAGAUUCCAGCCUCCAACUUUCAGCUCACAAACACAACAUAUGGCUCUGUCUUGGCCUACUGUUUCUGAAAUAUACUUGGAGUCGAGAGUGGAUUUCAUGCUCUUUAUUCAGCUCAUAUAGUGAGGAGGAAUGGAAUUUCCCCCGAAAUGUCUGCUUUUAUACAUUAUUUACACAAUGGGCCCCAUGCGAUUGGCUAAUUCUGGGAUUCACCUGUAGGCCAAUCAGGUUGCAGAUUCACUUCCACCUGGAGUUGGAUUGGGUGGCUCCUGCAGACCAAUCAGACUGCUGCAUUCUGGACCCUAUUGUUCUAGGACCAAUCAGAAUGCUGCAAUUAGGAUCCUAUUCAACUCAAUACAUAACAGUUUCUCUUCUUACCUAUCAGGUGAGGGAGGUGGGAGAAGUCCCGUCCAUUUGUUCCUAUGGCAACAGAGCUCACCCAUUGAAAAUGCAGCUUGCUCUUUUGAGAUGCAGGUGCUGAGCCGCUAAGGUCGUUUACCUUGACGAAGGGAAUAGUUUCUCUGUUCAUCCGGGUUCCGUCUUAGGCUUCCCAGCCUCACAGACUUGGGAGGGCCCCCGGGUUUCAUCCAGACUGACCUUCCCCAGCUCCUAUCUCGAAGCCAGGAGCAUAGUGUGGUGAUUUGGCUGGAGAAGGGGAAGUAUAGGAUAGAAGAAGGAUUAUUUGUAUUUCUACCCACCUUUUUUUCCAAGGAGCUUAACGUAGUGUACAUGGUUCUCCCCCCUCCUCACUGAAUCGUCAUCAUCAUCAUUUUAUUUGUAUGUCGCCUUUCCACGGUUAAAACAAUGCUCAAGGCAGCUUACAAUAUGAAAAAAUUUGCAUAAUUACAAAUAUAGCAAAGUAGUCAUAAAAAUAAAUAAAACACAUUAAAAACUACAUAACCAAACGGAACAAUUUCCACAUAAAAAUAAAGAUACAAAAAGUUAGUACCAGUAAUAUCAGUAACAACAGCAAAAACUUCCAACGAAACCUCUCCCAAAAUACCCCCAUCCUAGCUGAAUCCCCACACAGCAACCCUGUGAGGUAAGUUAGGCUGAGAGAAGACGGUGACUGGCCCAAGGUCACCCAACCAGCUUCAUGGCUGAGUGGAGAUUUGAACCCUGCUCUCCCAGGUCCCUAGUCCCACACUCUAACCAUUACACCACACUGGCUGGCUUAUCUAGUUAUUCCCAGACUUCCUGCUGAGACAGACUAGAGUGGCAUAGGAGAACCAGCAGUGCAGGGAUGUAGAACCUGUGCUGGACUCCCCAGCUCCCAUCAAUCCAUGACCACUGGCUAUGCUGGCUGAGACUGAAGGGAGCUGGAGUCCAGCAGCACCUGAAAGCCCACACGCUGGUUUAGAGUGUGAAAGAUGCCCCGCCUUGAAGGAGCCUACCAUGUGUGUUUCUGCAUGCAUCACUGUUCUGGGACAACUCCCAACCUGGACGGGGUCCAGGCCCAGAACAGCAUCUCACAAGAGACGUGACAGGCAGUCUCCUCUGAGAACAGGGAAUUGUGCUGAAUCGGGAGUUUGGGAAUGCUCCAUGAAACCUCAUGUGAAAGCGAGCGAAAGCAGCUGGCAGAUCCUGCUGAGGGUUGGCGCUUUGGUCUCCUGGCAGUGUUUGGCUGUUUUAUUUACUUGUGACAGAGGACAAGAGGAAGCCUUGGUUUUGUACACAGAUGCCAAGAGGGGUGACCUACAGGUUGGAGCAUCUUCAGAGGGUGAAUGAUUCAUAGGUAGCAAGAGUGGCGCUGGACAUCGUCUCCAGGUCUGAGAAGAGCCAAAUGUGCCUCCACGUUUAUUUCAGGGAGAAGGAAAUGGGAAAACUGAUAAAAUACCAGAAUUAUUAGAAUGGAGAACCAAAUUUCUUGAAUUCGCGGAGAUGGCAAAAUUAACAGCAUCAAUUAGAGGCUACUGUAAUAAAAAAAUUAAUAAAGAGUGGGAAUGCGUUAAGGAAUACAUGAAAAAAGUCGGUGCUGGAGCUUAAAAAUUAAUAUGCAAAAGUUUAAAAGGCGCAAGGAGAUAGGAUAAUAAUAUAUUAAGGGUGGAAUAACAAAUAAAGUGAAUAACGCAACAAUAACAAAAAUAAUAGUAGGUAAAGAAGAUUGCACACAGGUGGAGGGAAGUACUGGGCUGUGGGGGAGGGAGGUGCAGGGAUUAAUUGAAACUGUUAAAGAUUGGAAUAGGAUUUAAGAGAUUUAAAUUUUCAUAAAGAUUCUAUAAGGAAAGCAGAAAGCAGCAAGAAUUAUCAAGUAUUGGAGAGGAGAUCAGUGUAAACGAAAACAUGAGACUUGCGGUUUUGUUACAUUUGAUUUUAUUUUGGAGUUGUUUGUUGUAAAGAAUGUAUAUUAUGUGAAUAAAAUAGUAAAGGAUGAAUAACAAAAAGAAAGGAAGGAAAGGAAAUACCGCUUCUGAAUGAACAGUACCACGGUCCCCUUUUGCAUGUGGUCAUCCUGCUCAGGGUGAUGUUAGGUUGAGGCUCCUGCUAUUUCCCUUUUACCUCCUCUUUCCUCUUCCUAGGAUUGUUUGAUGAAGGAGUCCGUGAUCCGUCCAGAGAACAAUCAGGUGAUCAACCUCACCACCCAGUAUGCCUGGUCUGGAUGCCAGGUAAGCUUCUCUGGGACUUGAAAGGGGCUGUGGGAUUCUGCUCACCAUUUCCCCCAUACCCAAAGACUCGGGAUGUUGGUCAUAGUAAGAUCAGACAAACAGACAGACAAACAGAUUUGGCAGGUGCACAAAAUAUGGUCUGAAGCUCAACAUCAAAAAAACGAAGAUCAUGGCCACUGGUCCCAUCACCUCCUGGCAAAUAGAAGGGGAAGAAAUGGAGGAGGUGAGAGAUUUUACUUUCUUGGGCUCCAUGAUCACUGCAGAUGGUGACAGCAGCAACGAAAUUAAAAGACGCCUGCUUCUUGGGAGAAAAGCAAUGGCAAACCUAGACAGCAUCUUAAAAGGCAGAGACAUCACCUUGCCAACAAAGGUCCGUAUAGUUAAAGCUAUGGUUUUCCCAGUAGUAAUGUAUGGAAGUGAGAGCUGGACCAUAAAGAACGCUGAUUGCCGAAGAAUUGAUGCUUUUGAAUUAUGAUGCUGGAGGAGACUCUUGAGAGUCCCAUGGACUGCAAGAAGAUCAAACCUCUCCAUUCUUAAGGAAAUCAGCCCUGAGUGCUCACAGGAAGGACAGAUCCUGAAGCUGAGGCUCCAAUACUUUGGCCACCUCAUGAGAAGAGAAGACUCCCUGGAAAAGACCCUGAUGUUGGGAAAGAUGGAGGGCACAAGGAGAAGGGGACGACAGAGGACGAGAUGGUUGGACAGUGUUCUCGAAGCUACCAUCAUGAGUUUGACCAAACUGCAGGAGGCAGUGGGAGACAGGAGUGCCUGGCGUGCUCUGGUCCAUGGGGUCACGAAGAGUCGGACACGACUAAAUGACUAAACAACAACAACAACAAAUUAGAUACAGGAUGUUCUGAAGCAAAAAGGUGUGUGAAUGCUAUUUGCACUUUCCAGAAACAACUGAAGACGUUUUUUGUUCCGACAAGCUCUCCCAGCUGGAUGCAUAGAUCUCUGCCAUGGGAGAAAACACGGGUGUUUUAAAUGUUACCUGCUGUUCCUUUCUGUGAUGUGUGCAACUGCUUUUUAGCUGAUUUUCUUGAAUUUUGUAUAUUGCGUGGAAGGUGUAAAUGAGAAUCAUAGAACUGUAGAGUUGGAACGGACUGCGAGAACAAUGCAGGAAUCUUUUGCCCGACGUGGGAACCCCCAACCCUGAGAUUAAGAGUCUUAUGCUGUACUGACUGAGCCUAUCAUGAAACAAGCAGGCCAGCUCUCUUUUUCAGCAUUCCUUUUGACACAAAAGAAGACACUUGCAGUGAGAGGAACAGGUUCUGACUGGGCGUCCAGCAAAAAUGGGGCCUUUGUCCUCUAUUUUAUCUUGUCUCUCAGUGUGGAGAAGGACAGAGAAAGCAUAAAUCUAGGGCUGUGUGCAGACCAUUCUAAAACAAAACAAACCGAGUGCCCAGGGAAUCCUGAUUUAUGCAGCAAGGAAAGUUUGAUUCAGCAACCUAAAUGACUUAUGCAAUUGGAGCAAAUUUGCAUGUAUCAUCUUACUCAGCACAUAUUUUUCUGCAGUGUGAUUUGAAUUUUUGAAUUUCUCUGUUUUGACCAGUUGUGGGACAGACAAAGGCACUGAUACCUCUUCUCCAGUUAUAGAAUAUCUUAUUUAGACGUCUCUCUGGCCUUUGAAAUUUCUUUCUUUCUUUUUUAAAUACAUUUUUAUUGCUUUUUGCGUAUAUUUUCCAAACAGAACGUAUCAUCUCAUCUCAUCUUAUACAUCAUUUGGGUAUUUUAGCCUAAGACUUCCAUCAGCCACAUCUAAUGAUUUUCAAACCUCUUUUAAUCUUACAUUUAUUGCCCUAUUACUUUUAAUAGUCAAUAACUUAUAAUCCCUUCUCAUAAAUCUUUUCUGUAAUGUUUCAUAUAGUUCUCCUUACAAAACUUCUUGUAGUCCUACAAGCCUAGUAAGUUGGGACUUUGAAAUUUCAGCUAGUGUUGCCCAUACGCAGUUAAACCUGUCUGUGCAGCUGCAGGCUCUUUUUACUCUAACAAGGGCUAUGAUUCUGGUUUCUUUCUCCACUAAGAUGCUUUUCCUCCCCUUCCACAAAAUUCACAGCAAACUCACGUACACGGGCAGGGCUUGGGGACCCACAAACCAUGGCUGACAUUGUUCCAUGUAGAAUGUAAAGCUCACAUUUGCUUAAUGGGCAGGUCUUUGGUUCAGCUACAUCAGGGCUGGGGAAUUUUCAGGGCUGCAUGCCAGAGGCAGGCGGAGCUGGAGGCAAAAGUAGGCUGAGCAUCAAAUGCAAAUGUAACCUUUGUACAGUAGGAUAGUUUUUACAUGCACUCGAACACCCCUCUUUAUCCUCCAUCCCAACAAGCAACAGGCAUGAUCAGAAUUCAGUGACACAUUCCAGUCAGGCAAAGACCCUUGGGGAAAACAGGGACAGUGAGAGGUUUGUGUGUCCUGGGGAGAAAUUUAAGGGCCUGUCUGGGCCUGAGCUACAGACUCCUAUGAUAUUCCUAUAGCGAAAACAUCUCCUAAUGGUCCGGGGUUAAUUGAAAAGGAGAAGCUCCUCCUUCAGUUUUACCUGAUUGCCAUAUCACAAGUCUUCUUGUCUGCCCUGUAUACCCGAAGGAACAUCUCCACCUCUGUCAUUUAGCCUGGACAUUGAGACCCAGCUCUCUCACUGUGAGAAGUGGGGUGACAGGGAACCAGGGAGAGGGCCUUCUCAGUAGUGGCGCCCUCCCUGUGGAACGCCCUCCCAUCAGAUGUCAAGGAAAUAAGCAGCUAUCCUAUUUUUAAAAGACACCUGAAGGCAGCCCUGUUCAGGGAAGUUUUUAAUAUUUAAAGCUGUACUGUUUUUAACACUUGAUUGGGAGCUGCCCAGAGUGGCUGGGGAAACUCAGCCAGAUGGGUGGGGUAUAAAUAAUAAAUUAUUAUUAUAAACAGAUAAACAACUAUUUGACUUUUAGGGGUGCAAACAUCUGAAGGCAGCCCUGGGAAGUUUUUAAUGUUUAAUAUUUUAUUAUGUUUUUAUAUAUGCUGGAAGCUGCCCAGAGCGGCUGGGGCAACUCAGCCAGAUAGGCAGGGAACAAAUAAUAAAAUUAUUCAUGUUAUUAUUCUUUCCAGUUGGUGACAGAAAAUUCGGUGCGGUACUUGAGCUGCGCUAGCGGCAGGAGUUUCCGCUCGGUUCGUGAGCGCUGGUGGUAUGUGGCCCUCAGCAAGUGUGGGGUGAGUCUCGUGACGCCCACCCACUCGGGUUUGUGGCUCUGCCUUGGUUCCCUAAGAUCAGAAUGACUUUUGACUGCUCUCUCACAGGGCGAUGGGCUGGAACUGGAGUAUGAGAUGAUCCUCACCAACGGCAAAUCGCUUUGGACGCGGCACUUCUCAGCUGAUGAGUUCGGUGAGUUCCCUGCUAGUUCCCGUCAGGUUUGCGAAGUUCAGAUUCUGGAAAUCUGAAUUUCUACAGCACGUUUGCCGAGGCUUGACAGAGAGACAGUGUGUCAGAGUGGUUAGAGUACUGAGCUAGGAACUUAGAGACCAGAGUUCGAUUUUGCACGCAGGUAUGAUCGCCGAAGAAUUGAUGCUUUUGAAUUAUGGUGCUGGAGGAGACUCUUGAGAAUCCCAUGGACUGCAAGAAGAUCAAACCUCUCCAUUCUUAAGGAAAUCAGCCCUGAGUGCUCACUGGAAGGACAGAUCGUGAAGCUGAGGCUCCAAUACUUUGGCCACCUCAUGAGAAGAGAAGACUCCUGGAAAAGACCCUGAUGUUGGGAAAGAUGGAGGGCACAAGGAGAAGGGGAUGGCAGAGGACGAGAUGGUUGGAUAGUGUUCUUGAAGCUACCAGCAUGAGUUUGACCAAACUGCGGGAGGCAGUGGAAGACAGGAGUGCCUGGCGUGCUCUGGUCCAGGGGGUCACGAAGAGUCGGACACGACCAAACGACUAAACAACAACAACAACAUGAAACAGCAUUAGCUUGCGCCUGUCGGGCAUCUCUCAGCCUAAACUCCCUGAUGUUGAGCAGGUGACAACAGCCAUCAGCCACUCAGGCAGGCAAUUCUAGUUCCUCAGCAGCAGCAGCAGCAGCAGCAGCCCUCACACAACAGCGAUAACCUUGAAGCUCCAGACUGGAGUGGUACAAGGCAAUUCCUUUCAUCUUGCAGAUUCCUUUCAUCUGCAAACUUGCCAAGGAACUCAUAAGGUUCAUUACUGAGUCAUCUGCAGUUGGACAGGCCACUCUUCUUCCCAGGCUGAGAGGGAAAAGGGUGAAAACAGGUUAUUUAUUGGGACAGAGUGAUUUUCGCAGCUGUUAAGUUGCAAAACAACAAAGCCAGGGACGGAGUGGUGGAGAAAUUUAUGAAACAGCGAUAGGAUAUUAUCUCCACCCAAGGCAUGAUAGAGAACAGCAACAACCGGGAAAAGAUAGAUAAGAAGAAGAAGAAGAAGAGUUUGGAUUUGAUAUCCCGCUUUAUCACUACCCAAAGGAGUCUCAAAGUGGCUAACAAUCUCCUUUCCCUUCCUCCCCCACAACAAACACUCUGUGAGGUGAGUGGGGCUGAGAGACUUCAGAGAAGUGUGACUAGCCCAAGGUCACCCAGCAGCUGCAUGUGGAGGAGCGGAGACAUGAACCUGGUUCCCCAGAUUACGAGACUACUGCUCUUAACCACUAUACCACACUGGCUCUCAUAUAACGUUUUACAUGGACAGAAUAAUUGCCACACACAGGAAGAACAAGGGUAUAGUCUGAGUGCCUCACUUGUAGUUCUGUAAAUCAUUUAAUGCGUCAACACGAAUGGAAGUUAUUAAUAUUGCAGUUGUUGUAUAAGGGAUUAUUGUUUUGACCAGAAUGCAAUUGAAAUGAAUAAGAUUUUGGAACGCAGAAAUAAAGAAAAUCAUCAAACAAUCAAAUCUAGCACACGGGAGGCUGUGCACCUAAAUUAUAUAAUUUGGUAUUUGAAUGAUUGGUAUUACCGUAGUAAUUGUAUUAUAAUUUGGUACUGUCAUAAUGAAGCUAUUAUUGGAGUGCAAUUGAAAAUGAAUAAAAAUCUUUAUAAAAAAAUAAGGCAAUUCCCAGGUCCGCUGCUGAAUCUGCUGUCUCCAUUCUUCUCAGGCAUCCUGGAGACAGACAUAACUUUCCUGCUUAUCUUCAUCCUAAUCCUCAUCAUCUCCUGCUACUUUGGCUGUGAGUACCAAAGAGUCCCAGUCCAGAUGCAGUUGGGUCAACACUUCCUGUUUCUCAUGCAGUGUGACUUAUUUUGGGGGUCCCCAGUGCCAAGGCAGGGACACGGGUGGCGCUAUGGGUCAAACUACAGAGCCUAGGACUUGCCGAUCAGAAGGUCGGCGGUUCGAAUCCCCGCGACGGAGUGAGCUCCCGUUGCUCGGUCCCUGCUCCUGCCAACCUAGCAGUUCGAAAGCACGUCAAAGUGCAAGUAGAUAAAUAGGUAUCGCUCCAGUGGGAAGGUAAACAGCGUUUCCGUGCGCUGCUCCGGUUCGCCAGAAGCGGCUUAGUCAUGCUGGCCACAGGACCUGGAAGCUGUACGCCAGCUCCCUUGGCCAAUAAAGUGAGAUGAGCGCCGCAACCCCAGAGUCGGUCAUGACUAGACCUAACGGUCAGGGGUCCCUUUACCUUUACCUUUACAGUGCCCAGGCAAAUGGGCAUCUCUCUGUAGAGAGGCAGGGGGGAGUAGCUCCUCCAAUCGGUGUUGUGAUGGAAAGGCUUCACAGUGAGGAGGAGGAGCUGCGGGGUCAGGUGUCUCCAGAGAAUAAUGGGAGGGAGGGCCUUUGCAGGAAUAUGGGCCAUGGCAGGUUCCCAAUAGUACCUACCCCUGGCUCCGGAAGAAGAAUUUCUAAGAGAAACCCAAUCUCCAAUGAGUCUCGGGCAGUGAAGUGAGGGAGAGAGGCCUCAUUGGUGUGUUCCAGUGGGCAAAGAAAAGCAGCGAUACUUUUGCCAACGACCCCCUGCUCUCUGUGUCUCUCUGUCUCUGUGACCCUCUCUGUCGCUUUGUUCCCUCUCAGAUCUUUUGAAGGGACGGCAACUUCUCCACACCACUUACAAGAUGUUCAUGACGGCGGCUGGGGUGGAGGGUGAGUCGUGGGCAGCGAGAGCAGAUUCUGGGGAGGAAAGCAACCCUGCCAAGUUGCUGACACCAGUGGCUGGGCUUUGUUUCUGUUUUCACUUGCUUAUUGAUUUGGCAUUUAUUAUAGCCCACCCUUUAUCGUGUAGUCCCAAAGCUGGUUUUAUAUACGUAGGGUGUGUUACAAUUAAACUGUGUACUGUCUCCUGCCCCCAAACGCUUAGGGUUGUGCAUUCAGGUUCGGAGUUCACUGAAAUGCUUUCGGCAGGGAAAAGGGGUGUCAGAAGGGAUGGAAGGAGGGGCCAAAAGAUUGGGAUUGGGAUUAGAUGGCUGAUACAGUUGGAGGGGACGCGGGUGGCGCUGUGGGUUAAACCACAGAGCCUAGGACUUGCAGAUCAGAAGGUCGGCGGUUCGAAUCCCCGCUACAGGGUGAGCUCCUGUUGCUUGGUCCCUGCUCCUGCCAACCUAGCAGUUCAAAGCGUGUCAAAGUACAAGUAGAUAAAUAGGUACCACUCUGGCGGGAAGGCAAACUGCCUUUCCGUGUGCUGCUCUGGUUUGCCAUAAGUGGCUUAGUUAUGCUGGCCACAUGACCCGGAAACUGUACGCGGCUCCCUCGGCCAAUAAAGUGAGAUGAGCGCCGCAACCUCAUAGUCGUCCGCGACUGGACCUAAUGGUCAGGAGUCCCUUUACCCUUUACCUUUACAGUUGGAGGACAAAGAACAGUUGCCAGGGAUCAGGAAAGAGACCCUGCAUGGGCAACUGACCCCUCCAUCCUCCUUCUGCCUUUGCAAUUGCACAACACAUGCCACCUACUUCAUUCCCCUCCCUCCCUUUUUCUUCUCCUCAGUGCUCAGCCUGAUGUUCUUCUGCAUAUAUUGGGGCCAGUAUGCGAGCGACGGCAUUGGAAACGGCAGCCUCAAGAUCUUGGGUAGGUACGAAGGGGGAAUCCGGAGUGAGCAGGGCCACAUAAAAGUUGCCAUCUUGGACGUUGCUUAUCAAUUACAGUCCUGCAGCCGUUCAGAAGGGAAGCAAUGAAUGUUGUUGGCCAUUCCGUAUCGUUCUUCCUAGUAUGUAUCCUAGUGUGUAUCCCUUGCCCCUUCCUCGCUGAUCCAUUAUUUAAAGGCCAUAUAAAAAUCCUGGGCCAUUUGGACCGUUUUGAUUCUCAUAUUCCAGAAGAACCCUGUUAAUGGCCUGGGCUUAACUCCAUUUCUCCUUUUCUCUCUUUCUCCUUCCUCCCUUCCUCUAGCCAAGCUCCUUUUCUCCGUCAGUUUCCUGAUCUUCCUCCUGAUGCUUAUCCUGCUGGGGAAAGGAUUCACUGUCACCAGGUACCAGCAUGACUAAAGGGGGACAGACCUUCCAAUGAGUCAGGGUGGGAUGGGGCUGUAUUGCCUAGUGGUGAAUAAUUGGUGGGAGGGUGUGGGGAUCCAUAAAGGCUGUGAUUGACGGGUGAGUUGCUUCACUUGCAAACACGAAUAACUGAGACUCGGUGCCAUGUCUUCCAAAAAAUGAAAAGCAACUUUGUGAGAGGGUCAUUUGGUGUGGAGAAGCAUCCUGCCGGCAAGAUGCUUCUAGUCAUAGAAUUGUAGAAUUAGAAGACCAUGAAGGUCCAAUGCAGGUAUCUUUCGCCACACAUGGGACUCGAACCCAUGACUCCAAGAGCAAGAGUCUUGUGCUCUGCCAACUGAGCUAUCCCAGUUCCUAUUUGUUCUUGGAUCCCAAAUUCAGAUGCAGUUCAGUCACACAUUGGCAAACUCCGGGUUUGAAACCUCCGGGUAUAGGGUGGUAUAUAAAUUCAAUCAAUCAACCAACCAACAGACAGACAGACAGACAGACAGACAGACAGACAGGAAGACAAACUCUGGUUGCAAAGUUAUAGUGGAUUAGGAGGUCUUGCGUUACAAACCCACUUCCCCAAACUACUGAUGGCCGCUGAUGGAAAAGUGCACUGGGACAACACUUCUUUGACACAACAUUGCCUAACCCCCCAGCAAGCAAACCAGAGGUCCCAUUCAUUUCAUACAUUUAAGGUGUCAUAAUACCACUUUAAGCAAAUAAUUCUGGGAGCUGUAGUUGGUUAAGGGUGCUGGGUGUUGUUAGGAGACUCCUGUUCUCUUCCCAGAGCUACAGUUCCCAGAGUUCCCCGAGAAGAGGGAUUGAUGUCUCUCUGAGAUUGAUCUCUCUGAGAAUUGUAGCCUUGCAAGGGGGACGGAGGGUCUCCCAGAAAUCCUCAGCACCCUUAACAAACUACAGCUCCCAGAAUUCUUUGGAGGGAGCAUGGCUGUUAAAAGUGGUAUCAGGGUGCUUUAAAUGUACGUUAAAUAGCUGGUGUCAUCUAAUCUCUCUGCAAACAAAUCAGGAUGAAAGCUCAGUUAAACAGCUUGUCUGCAAGUGCCCCAGAACAUUAAAAACAAAAUCAAAUACAGACUGCACCAUAGAGACAGCGCUAGAUUUCUGCAGGCUACACAUGCCCCCUACUGGUAAAGCCCUUGAAAUGACAAGCUAAGUUCUGUGUACACACCUCCUGUACGCUCUGCGUUCAAAGUGCUCCUGCUGCUGGUCAGGGAAGCGAUGUACACACCAUCUUAGCAGCAAUGCACAAAGCACAUGUAUCUUGUCUUGUGCCUUACUGAGUCUCUCUAGUCCAAGGGACCUUGUCCCCGCUAAGGUCAGAAACGGCGAAUGCUUCUGUUUGUGCCCACGUCGUGACGUGAUGUUCAAAGGGAAGGCAUUCUCGACAGGCAAUAGAGGUUGCAAUGGGACACAGAGAAAGAGAAGCAAACUAUUUUGAUGUGCCUUGCCCAUUUAGAGCCCAAGGGGUAUUUUGAGGCGCAGAGAGGGCAGGACAGGCAGGUCUAAAACAGUCCAGGCCUGUGACACAAAUUUGCAUCUGGACAAAUUGCAAUGCUGGUUGGAGAAUCAUUGGCAUUGCACUUGGCUUAUAAGUGACAUGGGUUUGUUGACUGGGGGAAGAAAGAGGAAUGUUGGGAAACUGAGCAGUCAAAAGAUUUGCAGUUGAAACUUUAGGAAUGAGAAGAGUACAUUUAGUGCGGAUAACAUUUACAGGGGAGAUUGAUGAUGAUGAUGAUAAUAAUUUAUUAUUUAUACCCCACCCAUCUGGCUGGGUUUCCCCAGCCACGCUGGGCUGCUUCCAACAAAAGUUUAAAAGUACAUUAAAACAUCAGUCAUUAAAAACUUCCCUAAGCAGGGUUGCCUUCAGAUGUCUUCUAAAGUCAGAUAGUUGUUUAUUUCUUUGACAUCUGAUGGGAGGGUGUUCCACAGGGUGGGUGCCACUACCGAGAAGGCCCUCUGCCUGGUUCCCUAUAACAUCGCUUCUUGCAGUGAGGGAACCGCCAGAACACCCUUGGAGCUGGACCUCAGUGUCCGGGCCGAACGACGGGGGUGGAGAUGCUCCUUCAGGUAUACUGGGCCGAGGUCAUUUAGGGCUUUAAAGGUCAGCACCAACACUUUGAAUUGUGCUCAGAAACGUCCUGGGAGCCAAUGUAGGUCUUUCAGGACUGGUGUUAUGUGGUCUUGGUGGUCGCUCCCAGUCACCAGUCUAGCUGCCGCAUUCUGGAUUAGUUGUAGUUUCUGCGUCACCUUCAACACAGAGCACGUUGCAGUAGUCCAAACGGGAGAUAACUAGAGCAUGCACCACUCUGGCGAGACAGUUCGUGGGCAGGUAGGGUCUCAGCCUGCGUACCAGAUGGAUAAAGGGUAUUGGGAGAUUUGGGGUGUGGGGCAGUCACUCCUUCUCCCCCCAAAGCCUGGCUCAUGGCUCCCUGUUUUGCAGGGGUCGGAUCAGCCACACCGGCUCUAUCAAGCUUUCUGUGUACAUGACACUCUACACUAUCACUCAUGUCGUGCUCUUCAUCUACGAGGCUGAGGUGAGUGUCUGUUUACUCUUGUACCGGCUUAUCUAUUUGAGAACCUCACUUAUCUAGGCCACAUCCACACCAUGUAUUUAGAGCGCUAUGAUGCCACUUUAAACAGUCAUGGCUUCUUCCCCCAAAGGAUCCUGGGUGCUGUAGUUUGUUAAACGUGCUGCCCCAAUUCCCCUCACAGAGCUAUAGUUCCCAGAGUGGUUUAACAGUCAAUCCCUCUCCAUUGGGACCUCUGGGAAUUAGUUGAAUACAACCCUCCUGUUACGAUACCUUCAGAGGUGUCCACAUCCAAACACCUUCCCAAAAUAGGUCGCAGGUGUAAUGACGAAAAGAGUUGGGCUGGGCGAUAUCUGGUUUUCAACAUCAAGAUCUAUCCCCAGCUAAUCAUGAUAUACCGAUAUAUCACAAUGUCUGAAAUAAGGGUGGAGCUACGUAGAGGCAUUGGCUGGCUUCAUGGUUUUUCCUGCAUCAUGAUUUUUGCAUUGUGAACACACACACACACACACAGAGAGAGAGAGAGAGAGAGAGAGAGAGAUUAGCAAUACAGUGGUACCUCUGGUUGCGAACCGGAUCCAUUCCGGAGACCCGUUUGCAACAUGAAAAGCCCGCAACCUGAAGCGCCGUAUCUGCGCAGGUGCACAGUGUGAUUUGGUGCUUGUGCGCAUGCGCAAAGUGCGAGCAUGCGCGAGCAGCGAAACCCGGAAGUAACCCUUUCCGGUACUUCCGGGUCACCGUGGGACGCAACCUGAAAAAACAUAACAUGAAGCAAACGUAGCAUGAGGUAUGACUGCAUCAAUAUAUUGGCAGGUCAAAAUUACAAAACCGGUAUCACAAUAUGGACUUCAAACCAGUUUUGGAUGAUGUAUCGAUAUCUCGCCCAGGCCUAGAGAAGAGGGCGUUGCAGGCCUCCGUGUGCUUAGAGGCGUGUGGUUCACGUCCCCAGCUGUGAAUUUUGUUGCGGCUUGUGCAGCUCUAGCAAUCACAUCUCUCAACCGCUUCCUUCCUUUUCGGCCCCAGUUCUUUGAUCAAGCGCAGGUGCUGUACACUUACGAGUCGCCGGCUGGAUACGGCCUGAUCGCCUUGCAGUUUGUGGCUUACAUCUGGUUCUGCUAUGCUAUCCUGAUCACCCUCAAGCAGUUCCCAGAGAAACAGCCCUUCUAUGUGCCAUUUUUCGCCGCUUACACCCUCUGGUGAGUAGAUGUAGAGGAUGUUAAGGAGGAAGGAAUCUAACUUGGGUGGGGGGCCUGGACCUCCUUUUCAACCCGAGGGCCACUUCCCCUUUUGGACAGCGUUCCAAGGGCCACCUGCUAUUGGUGGGUGGGGUCAGAGGCUAAAGAGGGAGGAGCAAUGGAUGGAAAUUUUACAUUUCUACAUUUGGGUGGUUCCUAAAUACACUCACAACACCCAUCUCUUAUCUUGUGCCCAGACAAACAAGAGGCAUUCUUGGAGUUCAUGGGAACAUUCUAGCCAGGCAAAGACACUCAGGGCAGGGACAGUGAGGGGUGUGGCCAGGGAAGAGUUCAGAGAGCCACAUAAAGAGGUCUUGAGGGCCAGAUUCAACCCCUGGGUUUGAAGUUUCCCACCCCGGUCUAAGGGAAUGUAACUGAUCACCCCGAAUGUUCCCUUACUCUCAGCUGGCCAAAGUCAGGACAGAUGUUUGCCCCUCGUCCAAUGAGUGGGCCGCCAUGCUAGAUAGGUGAGAUUUGACAAAGGAAGACAAGGGGGUAUGCAGGGCACAAUGCAAAUGUCUGGCACAACAGAGGCUGCUUUUCCAAGGGGUAAGAAAAGCUCUGCAGAAGCUACUGUUAAACAGAGUAUUGUUGGAGGCAGUGGGGAGAAAAUGUGUGGGGAGCACGUCCUGAGCAGCCCUCUUUGUCUCUCGCAGGUUCUUUGCUGUCCCAGUCACUGCGCUUAUUGCCAACUUUGGCAUCCCCAAGUGGGCACGGGAGAAGAUAGUCAACGGGAUCCAGUUGGGCAUCCACCUUUAUGCCCAUGCCGUAUUUCUGGUAAGAAACUGCCAGCAGCCUAGAGGAUUCCCCCAUUAUCCUGGCAGCCACUAAACUCUUGGGGCCAAACAACGCAUUAAGACACCAUUGACCGGGUCUCCUGACUUCUUACUUUGAUAUACUGAAAUGCAAUCUGGGGGUGAAUCUGAUCCUGUUUGUGAGCCCUUUUCCCCCAUUGAAGCCACCCCCUGCAAGCUGAUUUGCUGCCUGCAGAUGGAAAAAUACAGGGACCCACCCCUCAUACAUUUUUCUCCGUGGUUGCAGGCCUCUUGGCAUGCAUUGAUGCGUUCUGUUUUGUGUGUGUUUGUUUUAGGUUCAGAAACCAGUUGUAACUCCCUUGCGUAACAUGUACUCACAAUAUCUAUUAGUACAGCCUUCGUCAGGUUGGUGCCCUCCAUACCUUUUGGACUACAACUCCCAUCAGUCCCAGCCAAUAUGGCCAACCGCCAGGGAUGAUGGGAGCUGGAGUCUAACAACCUCUGGAGCGUGCCCACGGGUUCCCCAUCCCUGCUCUGAUAGCAUCAGCAGUCAAUUCUGCCUUCUGUUAUAGAAUGCUUCCAUUUGGGUGUCAAUUCUUGAUGGAGCCUCUUUCAUGGACCAGUUUUUUGGAGGUAUCCUCCUACGUUAAGUGUGGGUGGAGAUGGAGAUGAGUAUCCCUGCUGAACUCUACCUCUCAGCUACUCAUAAUGUAUCUACAAGUGUGAGGACUAGAAGCUUGCUUCUCUCUCUCUCUCUCUCUUUUUUAAAAAAAGUGAGCAAUGUUAGAGAAAUUAAAAGAGGAAGCAGACAUGUUUUGCCUAGAGGAAAUGCAUGCAGUUGAGCUUGUGGGUCCAUCCAGGCGUUGGUCCUCCACUCUCAUUGCUUCCUCAGAUCAUGACCCGGCCCUCGGCAGCCAAUAAGAACUUCCCGUACCACGUGCGGACAUCGCAGAUCGGGAUUGUGGAGGAGGUGGCGUCCGGGGCCAAGUUCCCGCACCACGUCUACGGCAACGUGACGUUCAUCAGCGACUCGGUGCCCAACUUCACGGAACUCUUUUCCAUCCCACAGAGUACCGGGAGCAGCUCAAGCAACGUGAGUGCUAAGGAGGGUCCCCGCUUCCUAACCUUCCCUUGGUCUCCCCGGUUUUCCCUUCCAGCGCUUCUGCUAAUGUCCUCCAUGGAAUCACUGGAAGAGGAAGCAUCUCCCCUGUGACAUAGCUGUCAACCUUCCCCUUUUUUUUGCGGGAAAUUCCCUUAUUCCAGCGCCGUUUGCUGCUGCUUCCCGCUGCUAUCCCGGAUUGUUAGAUAUCCCAUAGACUGUCCCCGGGACAGGUGAGGCUGCUGAUCCCUUAUUUUCGAGGCUGCCGAUCCCUUAUUUUCAUAUCUGAGAGUUGACAGCUAUGCCCCUCUGCAUGGCAGCUGGAUUCUGGAGGCAGAGGUCACUCAGUCUCCCUAGAAACCCACCCACUCCUUUGGGAAGUGCAGGCUCUGCUUCCCUGGGCUCUGCACAUUGCUCUUAUAUCCCACACUGCUUUUUUCCUCCAAGGAGCCCAGGGAAAGUGCAUGGAUUUCCCCCUCCUCUUUGAAUCCCAGCAACCACCCAUCUGGUGAGGGGCUCCAGGAAGGUUCUCCUGCUGUUUUCUCCUCUACAGGCCCCUGCCCAGCUGGGGCACCAGGCCUCGGGCAAAGAAGCCUGUCUCACUGCACAAGAAAUCCCAAGCUUGCCACCUGAUGGAGCAGCCUCCCUGUUGCCUCUGCUUCAAAGCAUUUUGCCCCCAGUUACAGCCCCCAAAUUUCCCAUCAGAUGAUGGUCCUAAAAUCCUGCCCACCCUACUUCACAGCCUUAAACUACCUGGCCUCCGUACUUCCUCCAUGCACCCGGUUUACAAAGGCUUCCAGCUGACAGAUUUGUGGGUUGCUACCAAGCAGGCAGAUCAGGUUUACUCCCUUCCUCUUGCACGAGGCUAGGUCUGUGCUACUCAUGAACCGCCAUGCUGACUGCAGCUCCCCAGCUGUGCAUUGUGGCUGGCCAAGAACUUGCCCAUCCUGAUUCUCUCCCCCCCCCCCCCUUUUAUUUGCUGUACCAGAGAAGUGGCGAAAAAACAGGAGGCUUCUAAAUCUCACCGUGGGCUGCUUUAUGUGGCUUGGGUGCAUUUGUGAGUUGCUGUACAGUUAAGGAAGGGAGAGGAAUUGGAUUGUUUUUGCACGUAAAGGCGAAUUUAUCGAAUUCUCACUCUCAGGCCACAGUACACAAACAUAAAUGCAGCCAUUCUUCAAAAUCCACACGUCUCCUAAUUCUGCAGUGCUGUUCUCCAGCCAAGUAGCAUAUCUAAAAAUGCGUACUACUGUAAUGCAUACAUAAAAAUGCACCUACAGUGGUACCUCUGGUUGUGAAUGGGAUCCAUCCCGGAGCCCCGUUCGCAACCUGAAAACGCAACCCACGCGUGCGUGGGUCGCGAUUCACCGCUUCUGUGCAUGAUGUCAUUUUGCGCGUCUGUGCAUGCGCGAGCGGCAAAACCUGGAAGUAACCCUUUCCGGUAUUUCUGGGUCGCUGCGGGACGCAACCUGAAAAGAUGUAACCUGAACCGAACGUAACAAGAGGUAUGACUGUAUUUAGGAGGGGAAAUACAAGAAGACAUUAUAUUAGGGGGAAUUGUUUUGCCAAAAAUGAGUAUAUUGGAAGAAAUUCAAACUAAUAUGCGGAUGAAUUUUCAGGAGUACUUUUAUAUAUAUGUGUAUAUAUAUAUGCGCAAACUGAUGUGGAAAUGAUGAGAGGUGAACUUCAGAUGAGAAAACUGAGAAAUCAGAAUCAACUUGUUUGCCAAUCCCUUUGCAUGUGCCUGCGCUAAGUCUUGUAAACCCUGAAUCCCUCCUUGCCCUCGUGAUUCAGUUGCUUCUGGUUUGUUCAGGGUCCUUUAUUUCUGUUGUCCGCCCCGUCCGCUCUCACAUGGCUCUCCUUCUGCCUUUUCCCAUCCAGCCCCGCAAACAGGUGGAGGAGACGUCAUCUGCCGACCGUAACCUGACCCCCAGCUGCGUGGUCACCACCUCGGAGCUCAGCGGUGCCCCUGUGCUGUUGAAACCGUCCCUGGGGGGCGAGAGCCAACCGCCCCCCUAUCAGCUCCAUGCGCCCCAACUCCACCAGCACAAUGGCUACACUGAGUAUUUUAGCAUGCACACGACGGGUGCCCGGCCCGUCUAGGCUUCUCCUUGACUGUCCUGAUCCUUUGUGGCUUCCUCCGCUUCCUUUCUCAACAUUUUUCUGGGUGGGGGGGGGGGCCCUGCCUCAACCCCCAACCCCGGUUUCUCCUCUGGGCCCCCUCCUCCACGCUCCAUCUUCUGCCAUCUUCUAUUCCAAUUUGUGUCCUACCAUAGCAGAGGGCUAUUUUAUCCUGUUUCCCUGGAAUGCCAGAGUUUAGUGAGAGUACGGGGACACUAGAUGCUUGGCAUGGGGUAGAAUUGGGGUUCCCCCCACUCCCCCCAUCUUCCUGCCCCCCCCACUCGGUACAACAGAGGGGGCGUGACUCCCUUCCUCGCCUAAUUAAUUGCCUAAAAGACAUCUAUCUGUACGAUACAUCCCUGUCCUUCCCCAAGCUAUGGUUGUACGCUGCCUGCCACUGGGGGAAGCCAGGAACUGGAUUAACGUGACAAGCACGUGAUUUUCUUCCACCCCUAUUUCUCUCAGAGCGACAGGCCAAUCUCUGGCUGCCUUCUCCCCUGUAGACAGUUUGACCUCAAAGGGAGGUCACCAUAGCCUUCUCACAGCCGCCAUUGUGGUUGAACAACUCUCCUGCCUGGAUGCAGAUGGGAGGGACUGCAGACAUCCCGGCUCAGGCUGGCCUUGUAACAAUGUUCUCCUGUAUUAUUGCUCCCUUCCGAUGCUACCCUUUUCCUGCUACUGUACAGUGGUAGCAGGCAUUCCCUUUUCCCCGUUUCCUUGACACCCCGCCCCCGGGUGGCGGUGUUUGCCCUCCUCCCCUUCCCCGUGACGGUGCUGUGGGUUCUGCUCCCUGAUGACGGUGAAUUUCUGAAAUCCACCAGAGUGGGCUUUUUUUGCCAAAAUAAAGAGGAUUCUUGUGUUUUUAUCUCACUGU